AAUGUUAGUAAUGUAUUUUAACAGAAAAAUCUUCGUGAAUAUGAGCUCUAAACCUGCUGUGUGAAUCAGAGUGUUUCGAAACUAUUCUGGUCACCUGAAAUCGGAAUCAUGUCGGAAUAACCGACGACCACAAAGGAAACGCUUCCCAGUCCAGCAACAAAAAAAGUUAUAAUUCGAACAAGGAAACAAAUCCAAAGCUUCAUUAUCAUCAUCUGUUACUUCUUAGAUUUGCUUAUCCUUCUUCACUUUCUCAAUUUUGAAUCUGAGAAUUCGUGCCUCCGAUCUCUCUCCCUCUCGCCGUGGAUAGAGAUGGAGAGCUUACCAACGACGGUCUCAGGGAAAUCAGACCGGCGAGGUAGGUUUUCCAAGUCUCAGAACACCUCCAAGCCCUCUCUUAUCUUGGCCUUCUUCUCUUGUCUUGCUUGGCUCUACGUCGCUGGCCGGUUAUGGCAAGAUGCGCAGUACAGAGCAGCACUCAAUACUGUGCUUAAGAUGAAUUAUGAUCAGAGGCCUAAGGUUCUUACGGUGGAGGACAAACUUGUGGUCCUUGGAUGCAAAGAUCUUGAGAGGAGAAUUGUUGAAACUGAAAUGGAGUUGGCACAGGCAAAGAGUCAAGGCUAUCUUAAAAAACAGAAAAGUGUCUCUUCUUCAGGGAAGAAAAUGCUAGCUGUUAUUGGAGUUUACACAGGCUUUGGAAGUCACUUGAAGCGCAAUAAAUUUAGAGGCUCUUGGAUGCCACGAGAUGAUGCUCUUAAAAAACUUGAGGAAAGAGGAGUUGUCAUACGCUUUGUGAUUGGUCGGAGUGCUAACCGAGGUGAUAGCCUAGAUAGAAAAAUUGACGAAGAAAAUCGUGCAACUAAAGACUUUUUGAUUCUUGAGAAUCACGAGGAAGCCCAAGAAGAGUUACCGAAGAAAGUGAAGUUCUUCUACAGUGCUGCUGUUCAGAAUUGGGACGCAGAGUUUUAUGUCAAAGUUGAUGACAACGUUGACUUGGAUCUUGAGGGGAUGAUUGCGCUUCUUGAAAGUCGUCGUAGUCAAGAUGGUGCUUACAUUGGGUGCAUGAAAUCUGGAGAUGUGAUUACUGAAGAGGGAAGUCAAUGGUAUGAGCCUGAGUGGUGGAAAUUUGGGGACGACAAAUCGUAUUUCCGUCAUGCAACUGGUUCGCUGGUAAUACUCUCAAAGAAUCUGGCUCAGUAUGUCAAUAUAAACAGUGGAUUGUUGAAGACAUAUGCGUUUGAUGAUACCACCAUUGGAUCAUGGAUGAUUGGCGUCCAGGCAACAUAUAUAGACGACAAUCGCCUUUGCUGCAGCAGCACAAGACAAGAAAAAGUGUGUUCCAUGGCAUGAUCACUGCAUAGAUGAUCCUCUUGUCCCAGAGCAAAGACGGCGGUUUCUCAUCGCAUUCAUGGCGCUCCGAUACUCUUUUGGGGCAGAUUCUUGGACCGGAUACUGAACUUAUCAUUAGUUUUGUUAGAAUGGGAGUAUGAUUAGGCCAUUCAUUACAGUUUAUGAUUAGAGGCAUGCGUAUCCCUUGAGCUUUGGAGUAAGAAAAUGGGGAAAUGGUAUAGAUGUGAAUGAAGUAUAAUUUUUCCUUUGGUAUCAUAUCACCAUCAUUUGUCCGUCCAUUCUAGCCCAAUCUCUGGCAGGCGUUUAAUGUUCGAACCUUAAGUUUGCAUUUUUGGUUGCUGGUUUUUAAAAAUGUGUUAGUUAAGACUUAAGAGGACAAAAGAAAAUCGUCUGCUUUAAGCUCAUAAACACUUCGGACCAAUACGUGGUUAAAAAUACUUCAUUGAGAAAUUUU